AUGUCGACAGAAGGUGUAUCGACCUCUGGUACUCAAUCAGAUUCAUUUGACAAUCUCAUACUUCAAGCUGAGCAUUACAAAGAGGCUCUGAACACUUACUUUCAGACUCUGCCUGAUUCCGAGGUUAGGGAGAAAGGUAAAUAUAUCGUAUUGGAAGGACGAACCGUUGUACCUGAUGGGGAAUACAUCGACAUCGUAAAGAAGUUGGAACGUGGGUUGAAAAAGGCCAGAGAGUGGAGUGACGAAACCAACUCUCAGCUGGCAUGGGUGACCAAAGAAAGAGGGACUUUUGAAGAUACUCUUAAAGAAGGUGGUUUAAAUGAAACCACAGCAAGUGGGGUGGUAGACUCAAUUGGGAAUUCAGUUUUGAAUGCUGGUACGACCGCACCAGACUCGACUGUCAUUCCAAGCUCGAACGAAAGAUGCCAACGGCUAAGUGCGUAUAUCACAAACGAUUUGAGUGUUUGGUGUACUCAGAGAAAUGAAAUGUGGACAAGACUUGAUAGAGGUUUGGCACAGAUAGAUGCUUCUCUCAAGGCUGAGGGGUUGAUUCCUUCUGACUUCGACAGAAGGUCACUCAAAUAG